AUGACACGAGGAUUCGCUACCAUCAAGCCCGAGUGCGAGGAAACCUUUGACGCGGUCAAAGAGACCGACGCUCUCAACUUCGUCAUCUACGAGGCUUCUGCUAACGGCAAGACGAUCUCCGUCGCCGAGUCCGGAAAGUACCAGAACUACGAGGAAGUUCUGUCACACUUUAAAGACGACGCACCUCGAUACGCCGUCGUCGAUUUCACCUAUGACUCCCCGACUGGUGAUGCCCUGAGACACAAGCUAGUCUUCAUCACGUGGGUCCCAGAUGCAGCAAGUGUCCAUGACAAGUCCUUCUACACAAGCAACAAGGAUCAUCUCUAUCGGUCACUCGAAGAUAUUAGUCUGCAUGUCCAGGCAUCCAAGCAGGCUGAGCUAGCCCACGCUGCUAUCCUCGGCAAAUUCAAAGUCCUCUGA